GUGUGAGGCGCCGCUCGCCGCCGCCAUGCUGAACAUCUUCCGCUCCAUCCCCACGCAGAUGGACUACAAGGGCCAAAAAUUAGCAGAACAGAUUUUUCAAGGAAUCAUUCUUGUCUCUGCAAUAAUUGGCUUCAUCUAUGGAUACAUCACUGAACAGUUUGGAUGGACUGUCUACAUAGUUAUGGCUGGAUUUGCUUUAUCAUGUUUGCUAACGCUCCCACCGUGGCCCAUGUACCGCCGCAAUCCUCUGAAGUGGCUACCUGUCCAAGAGUCGGGAACAGAAGAAAAGAAGCCAGCAGACAGAAAGCCAAAGAGACAUGCUAAAAGCUGA